AUGUCUUGCGUGGUGAAAGGCUGUAAAAACCGUAGCGACCGAAAGAAAAAUAAUCCAGGAAUCACGUUUCAUAGAUUUUCUAGGGAAAAUGAAGUAUGGAAAAAUGAUUGGAUACAAAUAAUUAGAAAUUGUAAUGGUGAAAAUGAUUGGAUCCCAAACAAAUACAGUGUUGUUUGCAGCAUACAUUUUGAAGCUAAUGAUUUAUAUACAACUAAAGGAGGACUCCGCCGUGUUGUUACUUACGCAGUACCUCAAAAGUUUUUAAUUGAGUCCGCACACAUGGCAGAGGAACAACCUAUUAAACAAGAGAUCGCAUCAGUUUUUGUGCCAGCACUUGGGAAGCCUUGUUCUUCAACUAUGGUUUUACGGACGGACGAGCAAUCUGCUGAACCAAAUAUUUCUGAUAAUUUACAAAAGAGUAUAUCCGUUAUUGGGACAAAAGUGGAACCGCCUGAUGCCUUAGCUCUCGAUUUACGAGACAAACAAUCUGCCAAACCAAAUAUUUCCAUUAAUAUUCAGGAGAAAUCUUCUGAAACUAAAGAAGCACAAGUACUAACAAUACCUUACAGUCGAAGGAAACAGUGUUUGGAACAAAGUCUCAUCAAGAAACAAGACACUAUCAGGAAACAAAAAAGGAAAAUAAAAACAUUAAAGCAAAAAGUUCAACGACUUCAAUUUAGGAAUAAAUACUUAAAGGAGAUUUUAAAAUCACUCAAAAAGAACAAAAGUUGA